UAUCACUCUGGAUCAGAACAGUUCGCUGGAUAAUCACUAGAGGGCGCAAAUAAUCCAAAUUCUUCCUGAAACGGCAUCCGGUUAAUGGAGUAGACGAGGAGAGUUCCUUCAGGUCCUCUUUCUUCAACCCUCAAAGAUUGUGAUGAUUCUCACAAAUGGAAGACCUCGACCCAUAUUAUGGCUAUUUGGAACGGAGAAGGCGAAUGCGAGAAAUUCGUGACGGGCGAGCAGUGCGAUACCGGGAGCGCCUGAAAGGGAUGCUGAGGGAUGGAGACGUGCUCAGGUACCAAGGGAACUCGGAUGAAGUUGGCUGUUUUGUCGCGGCCAGGCCUUUGUCGAAGAGAAAUCGCUAUUUUGAAGUGACCAUCAUUGAUACAGGGGUGCGGGGAAUGAUCGCUGUCGGUUUAGUCCCUCAGCUCUACAAGUUGGACCACCAGCCGGGCUGGCUCCCGGAUUCUGUGGCUUUGCAUGCAGAUGAUGGCAAGCUCUACAACGGCAACACUCAAGGACAACAAUUUGGUCCAAAAUGCAGCAGAGGUGACCGAAUUGGCUGUGGAAUAUCAUUGGAUGCCGAUGAUGGACAGUUGACGGUGUUUUUUACCAAGAAUGGUAAAGAAGUCGGCAGAGUAGACAUGGAAGCAUCUGAAGCUCUCUACCCUGCGGUGGGAAUGCACUCUCUGGGGGAGGAAGUGCUACUGGACCUUAAUGCUCAAUGGGCAAUGGAGGAGGAGGAUGGACUGAUGAUAGUAGACAGCCAUGAAGACGACUGGGGCCGCCUCCAUGACAUUAGAGUGUCUGACACACUGCUGGAGUACGUGGGGAAAGGAAAGUGCAUCGUGGACGUGGGCUUGGCUCAGGCCCUUCGCCCGCUCAACACACGCUUCCACUACUACGAGCUGGAGAUCACAGACGCCGGCAAAAAGUGUUACAUCGCCCUGGGCCUGGCAGUCAAGGAUUAUCCUAAAAACAGCCAUCCAGGUUGGAGCAGAGGGUCCAUCGCUUAUCACGCUGAUGACGGCAAAUUGUUCCAGGGCAGCGGUGUCGGGGAGGCCUUCGGACCACGCUGCUUUGCAGGAGACGUCAUGGGCUGCGGGAUCAUGUUUCCACGUGACUAUAGCCACGGCGGCGGAGAUGACGACUGGGACCUGGAGGUGUGUCCGCAGCUCAGCCGAGUCCAGAACGACUUGUAUGCGGGCGACGAUGGCGGCGAGGGCGAAGACUUGGACGGAGAGACGGUCACGGUGUUCUUCACCCGGAACGGGAAGGUGGUGGGCCGCAGGAAGGUGGCCUUACCCGCAGGGGGCUUCUACCCCACCAUCGGCAUGAUGAGCAUUGGGGAGAAAGUCCGAGUGGAGCUGCACCCUCUCAGUGGAUGAAGGCGGGACUCCACUUUACCUCAUCAUGAACAAGCUGCUGCAAGUUUGUAUGUUUUACACUAAAAGGACGCCAAUUAUGUUGUGCCAUCAUCACGUGCCAUCCUUUUUGAAGCUGAGCAGAGGUCCGCCUGUUCAUUUAGUUGGAAUUGUGUACAUUGUGCACAUGAGUGCUGAAAUACUGACAUCUAGUGGCCAGAGUGCAGUAGUGCAGUCAUUGUGGCGUUUAAAUCUACUAAUGAUCCAUCAUUGGAAAAUAAGAAUUUUGAAGGCAUAGUCAAGAAUAUAAAAACAUAUAUUUUGAAUUUGAGUCUUUAUGGGGAAAAUACACCGGGUGUUCUAGAACAAAAAAGGGAAUCAAUCAUUUUAAUAGGAAUUAGUGACCAAAAAAACCAACAAAGCCAUAAAAACAUUUUCUGCUCUCAGGUAUAUUUAAUAUAUUAGAGGUGACUUCUUCAUUUAAGUCACUUUGCUCAUUUUGUUUCUUGGCUUUGGUGCGGAAUCAAUAGUUAAAAUAUAUUAAUUUGUUUUUUGUUCUUAUCCGAUUUGAAGUUUCGGCAGCAAUUCCUCACAGAAAGGCGGUGGUGGGUUCAAACGCCGCACUUUUGUCGUCUCCUACGGUUUGAAAACAUGCUUGUCUAGCACUAUGCUGGGAUAGGCUCCAGCUACAAACUGCUGGUGCGCAGCUUUGUUUUUAUUAGCUUUCUGCAAAUUAGAAAAACAUGCAAUGAAGAAUGAAUGCAAUAUAUGAGUAUAAAGUGUAAUCCAGUGUGGUGGACUGCUUGAAUGUAUGGAUCAUCAUAGGAGUGCAAGCUUCUUUGUCUGGAAACAGCUUGUCAUUUUUCCCCAGCAGCUCACCUUAGUUGUGCUUAAGCUGUACGGUGACCCCAAUGACCAAAGUGCCUUCAUGUUUACUGUAAUGUGUUUAUCACACUGCUGUAUAUAGAAGUGUCUAUUCUGCACAUUUUCAAUUGAUGUGUGACGGCUUUAAAGUCCUCCUCAGGCAUCUUGUCUAUUUUGUCUGCUGCUUACAUGCCAAGAUUAGUAGGACAUAUUUGUACACACAAUAAAGGUACAUGCAUAUUU